AUGCGUCUGUCGUGGGCACUCGCCCUCUGCGCCGUCGUCGGCGUCGACGCCAACCUCUUCUUCCGCCGCCAGGGUAAUCAAAUCCCGGAGCAGUCCGGGGGCCAGGCGGCCAACCCGGCGGCGUCGAGGGUGUCGACCGUCGUCGUCGUCGCCACGGCCACGUCCUCGUUGGCCGUCGCCAGCAGCUCCUCGGCGGCGGUGGCAUCGUCGAGCUCGGCCGCGGCCUCGCCCGGCGGCGACACGACCGUCACCGUCACGUCGACCGUCACCGACUCGUCCGUCAGCACCAUCACCGUCUUCUCCACCACCUUCACCACCAUCACGACCAACAUCCUCGUCACGUCGACCGUCUUCGGCACCACGACCGUCACCAGCAGCGACCAGGCGACGGCGACCAAGACGCUGUACGAGACGUCGACGCAAUGGGUCGACAAGCGCAAGCGCAGGCGAGGAAUCGACGGAGACAUCGCCCCGCGAACCGCCGACCCGCCUGCCGAGGCUCCGACGGCCGCCUCGACGACGACGGCGGCAGGGAGGAGGCCGCAGCCGCGCGCCAGGCUCUUUAAGCGUGCCACCAUCACCAGGGUCGUCACCGUGACGGUCGGAGGUGCCGCCGGCGCCACCACCGUCACCAGCAACGUCGUCAACACCGUCUUCUCCACCAAGACGGAGGUCACCACCUCCACCUCGAUGCUCACCGAGACGGAGCAGGCCAACGCCAAGACGACCGUCACCGUCACGAGCACGCUGGUCGUCACCUCGACGAGGGUGGCCACGGGCGUGCUCAGCACGGCAACCUCGUCCGGCACGCCCAGCGGCGACGACAGUGGCGGCGGCCUGUCGACGGGCGCCAAGGCAGGCAUCGGCGUCGGCGCCGCCCUCGGCGGCAUCGCCAUCAUCGCCUUCGUCGUCUUCCUCUGCCUCCGGCGGCGGCGCAAGCCGAAGCCGGACCACGACGACUUCAUGGGCGCCUCCGAGGUGCCCGUCGGACCCUCGAGCGCCGCCGGCGCGGCGGCCAUGUCCGAGGCCUCGCCCGCCGGCGCCUACCUCUCCCCCUCGCGCAGCCCCGUCGGGUCCGGAAACAUGGCCGAGGGCUACCGCGGCACCGCCCUGGCCGACGGCCGCGCCGGCUACGCCAAGCCCGACCUGUCGCCGCAGAAGACGGGGCAGAGCCUCGGGCCCGAGGAUUCCCUGCCGCGCCACCCGACGCCCGGCGACUCGUCCGUCGUGAGCCCCGUGACCAUGAACACGGCCGAGCUGAGCAGCGACCGGGCGGCGGCGGGCACGGCCGAGCUCGCCAGCGACGCCGGGGCGGCCGGGGCGGCGGCUGGCACGGCCGAGCUGGGCAGCGACAACGCCGCGGCCGAGCGGUGGCACAACGCGAACGCGGCCGAGAUCGACAGCCACGCCGUCAUGAGCCACCAGAGCGGCCCCGUCUACGAGAUGCCGACGCAAAACUACCGGUGA